GUCGACCAUCUUGUCAAUAUAAUAGAUAAUCUUCGGCGAGAGAAAACUGCUAUAGACUCCUUUUUUUGUCUUCAUAGCCACAUUAAAACGUAACGGACUGUCGGAAUUAGGAAGAUUUCAUAUAAAAGGUUGCUGCAACAACAAAGACCAUGCAUUCAUAGGAGAGGAGGAUUGCUUGCUACCUUAAGGUGAUAGAGUGAGGCAGCGUGCAGCAUUUGUCCAGGCCAGCCCAGGCCCAGGGGAGUGACCAACCGAGCGGAUGCCCUAGACUGUGUGGCAGGGGCGGCAGGCUCAACCAUGACUCGGCUGAUGUUAGGCCGGACCCUGGAGCGCAUCUGCAAGGCUGUCCUGCUGCUCUGCAUGGUGCACUUUGUCAUCAUGAUGAUCCUCUACUUCGACGUCUACAGCCAGCGCUUCGAUCAGAUCUUCAGCCGCUUCAACAACGGCCGCAACUCCAGCCGCAACGGACACCACUACUACUACAACCUCAGCCGGCCCAACGCCACCUUCGCCAGCUACCUGGCCACCGCAGACCAGCUGCUGCCCAGCGUACGACCUGAGGGAAACCACACACCACCAACUGCCAAACCUAUACCACCAUGCCCGGAGAUACCCCCUGGUCUGGUGGGCCGCCUCCUGAUCGAGUUCGCCUCCCAGAUGACAAUGGAACGGGUGCAGAAGGAGAACCCAAACGUGACGGAGGGGGGCAAGUACACCCCACCGGACUGCCGUGCCAAACAGAAGGUGGCUAUCAUUAUCCCAUUCAGACACAGAGAAAACCACCUCAAGUACUGGUUGCACUACCUGCACCCCAUCCUACGACGGCAGAAGAUCGACUACGCCAUCUAUAUCAUCACCCAGCUUGGUGAGGACACGUUCAACAGAGCCAAGCUCCUGAAUGUGGGCUACACCGAGGCCCUGAAGGAUGCAGAGUACGACUGCUUCAUCUUCAGCGAUGUGGACCUCAUCCCUAUGGACGACCGUAACCUCUACCACUGUUACGACCAGCCACGACACUUUGCCAUCGCUAUGGACAAGUUUGGCUUCAGGCUUCCUUAUGCGGGGUACUUUGGCGGGGUUUCCGGGCUGAGCAAAAAACAGUUUCUCAAGAUCAAUGGCUUCCCCAACGAGUACUGGGGCUGGGGAGGAGAAGAUGACGACAUCUAUAACAGGAUCACCCUCAACGGGAUGAAGGUGGUUCGACCGGACGUCCGGAUCGGCCGCUACAGAAUGAUCAAACAUGAAAGAGACAAGCACAAUGAACCCAACCCACAAAGAUUCAACAAGAUCCAGAACACCAAGAACACUAUGAAGAGAGACGGGAUCAGCACUUUAACGUACCGCGUGCUCCAGUUUAAGAAGUACCCUCUCUACACCAACAUCUCUGUGGAGAUCGGCAAGCCCCCGCCCCGGCCUUUCAGGGGCUAGACAGAUAGAGAGCCCCGGCCUUUCAGGGGCUAGACAGAUAGAGAGCCCUGGCCUUUCAGGGGCUAGACAGAUAGAGAGCCCCGGCCUUUCAGGGGCUAGACAGAUAGAGAGCCCCGGCCUUGACAUGGAGGAGGAGGAAGGGAGAUGGGGGAGAGAACUAUAAUACACAGCAGAGAGCCUUCAUCUCCUCCUCUACCUCCCUCAGCCUGACUCAGAUACCCCCCACCGACCUGCGCUAGGAGUCUGCCCUGGCCUCUCACAGCCCAGUCUGUGUGGGGAUACUGGUACACACUUGUUGCCCUCCCACCCUGCCAACGGCUCGACGGUUACGGCAGGCCUACAACAUGGCUGGGACCCUGACUGACUGACUAGCUCUCAGGAAUAGAUGAGGACAGAGGAUAUAUCAGAUUAGAUUCAGAUUCUUUCCCCUGGCGACAGUGCUGUUCUGGAAAUGCACACACUGUACAUGAAACACACAGCAAUAAGUCCAGUGCUACUGGUGUCUCGGUCCUGAUAACACAAAGCAACGGGGGUUCAAGAGGAGUCAUAUUAUAUUGGGUUGUUGAUAUGCUGGGGGUUGGGUUUGGGAUUCAGAGUUACAUGAGCAGAACCAAGAAGAACUGCCCUGAUCUCUCUGAGAGAAUCUGUCAAUCAGAACACUAUAUCGGCGCAAAAUGAAUGUGUACUGUCUGUGCCUGCAUCCAAUGCAGGCUUUCCCCAUUUCCCAUGUCUCUGACGUUGACAAACGGUGCUGGAGGAGAGCGACAAUGUGCACCAACACUUUUUAUUAAGACAGAGGUGUGACCUUCUGUGGAGAGAAUCAAGGUUGAGUGAAUAAAAUGAAUAAAGACCUCCCGGUAGUGGAUGGAUAUGGCUAUUCAAGGAACUAGUUUUGACCUGUUUGUGGAGGAGAAAGGUCCAGCAAAUAGAAGAGAAGAUGGACUUCUGGCAUGGUUCUGACAGGUUAUUAGAGACUAUUUUGUUGACGUGUUCUCACGCAAAGAGGAGGUUACAUUAGAUACUGAUGAAAGUGUAAACGUUUGCUGUAUGACAAUGUGUCCCAGACAGUUUUAGAAGAGGAUCAUCUAUUGCUCAAAUACAAGACUCUUUGCUCCACUUUUUUCUUUCAUUUCUAUUUCAAAAUGCAAUCCACGUUUUUGGAAAAGAAAAUGAUAAGGCAUCGAUAACCUAGUGGUUUAAAUUGUGAAUACUGUAAGGACUGUCUAGUAUGGUGAAUAUUUGCAUUGUAGCAUUAAUUUCAUCCAUUCAAAGUCAGAGGCACUGAAGCACUGAGGUGAUAAGAACAGAACUGAAGUUGGUUAUUUAUUGAGUCCCCUCGAAUAAAUGGAAAACCAGCCCACAUAUAGUAAGAAAAUAUAAAAUAUAAUUUCGCUAUUAACACCACCAGUAUAUAAAAGCCUUUUAACGUCAGUAAGCUUUUUCUUCUCUCAUUUUCUUCUCCUUUUCCUUUGUGUACUGCCUAAACACCAAACUGAUGCCUUCAAAAUUGUUAUGAGGGGCAAUGAUAAGGAAUGCUGCAUUCUGUUGUGUGAAGUGAUGUGGAAAUCUCUCUUUUGUACUAUCAAUGGUUUUCUUGGCCUGGCUUGAGACAGUGAGUAUUUAGAGAUGCCCCAACCAACCCGUUUCCCCUCUGUUUAUUUUAAAGAGCCUUUUCAAGUGCAUUGAGUGCAUUUCCCUUCUUUUUUGUUUUUUUACAAUACCCUCCAUUUCCUUUUAUUUCACUCCCUGGCUCUACCAUCCCUCUCUCCGUGUGUGUCUGUGUGAACACCACAGUGUUUUUCUGUACUUGACCAUCUGAUGAAUACACAGACAGCUGUGUCUGAAGCACACUGCUCCUCUAUAGAAAUAUCAGGAGGGCUUCAACAAUCAUCUCUUCUCUCUCUCUCUCUCUCUCUCUCUCUCUCUCUCUCUCUCUCUCAUCUCUCAUUCUGCUGCCUUUUCAUUUUUGAGUGCACUACUACUGGUGUGAGAGCACCUCGGAAAGAGAAUACUCUACUCCUCAUUCUACACUGGAAACCAAUGUACAUUUACGCUACUGUAUUCUGGAUGUCAUUACUUCUGUCAAAUGGGUGAAUGCUGUGUAUGUACUGCUUUCUGAUGGCUGUGGACCAUAGGAGUUUGACAUAUUACUGCCUAUGGUCCCAGUAUAGUAUGAUUCAUCAUCCUGCCAAGCUCCUGCUUUUAUGUUCCAUGUUGAGGGAAUCAUUUUCCUAAAGGCUAAAUAUACUACUUGGAACUGUGGGAAGAAGCUUUUAUAUAUAGCUAGCAUCAUUACCUAAAAUCUGCUUAGAAGAAUGAGCUUACUACUGAUGCAGUAGCACACAAUCCUGAACAUAUUUGGUACUGAAGUUUUAGUCAAUGGUUUCAUUAAAUGAAAUGCUUUGAUAAAAACAAUGUUUUUGCCAGUGAUUGUCAAAUCGUCUGGUUAGGUCUACAGACUGGGCUUUUUAUCAGAACUUCAGUCAAAGAUCUUACUGUACAAUUGGUGGAUAUUUGGUUUACUGUACAGUAGACUACAGGAUGUGAUUUCUGUACAUAUCAGACUUGUAUCAGACAUCAAGAGCUAGUUAUCAUGUAUUACAGGUGCAUGAACAGGCAUUACCAUAUCAUUUGUGUUGUGAACAGAGAAAACGUCCAAUAGAACUCAGUCUGUUCUGUUAACUUGAUAUCUAUAUGGAGAUCAUGCCCAAGUAGGCUAGUACAGGAAUAAUCCAUCCUAUUGGUACUAUUAUAUCCAUUUAGUCAUAAAUCAUAUUGGUAUAUCCAUCAUAUUAUCUUGUUUGGCCUAUUGGCUGUAUUCUGCCCCACUACCCCACUUAUAGUGACUGUGGUCUCAUAUUGUAGGUACUGUAUAAUACAGAUUUGAUAUGAUGGUGUUGACAGGGGGACCUUUCAGCACAAGCUUAGAGACAUCCUGCCCAGGACUGUGUCUCUCCCACACAACUCGCCAGCUAUAAACCAGUGAUAAAGCACCGCUCCUCAUUUGCGUCCCAAAUGGCACCCUAUUCCCUAUCUAGUGCACUACUUUUGACCAGGCCCCAUAUAGGAAAGUGGGUGCCAUAUGGGAUGCAUCCCUCUGCACCCUCCCUCCCCGCAGUCAACUAUUAUUGUAUUCAAUUUUGUCCUGGAAAUUGAUAAUUGCGGGGCAUCAGCUUUCUUCAUUGACCAUGUGUUUGAUGCAUCCUUGAAUAAGAAAAGCAGACAUGUGGCAUACUAAGGUACUGUCCACCCUUUGGAGUGUGUCUGAAGUUCUCUUUAUCCAUCUGUUGGCAGACACUGCAUGGCUUCCCCCUUCUACUUAUACAUUUCAACCUAAUGCCCAUUGAGCAAUAUUUUCCCUCACUGUCAGAGCAGUCAUUUCAAGGAAGUGGUGGGUAACUGAAAGAGAAACAGGAUAAGAUGAGGGCAUUGGAGAACAUCACCUACUGACUGCCUCGGGCCUUCAAGCUGGAGUGCAUUUUUAAAGAUGUACUGUAUCUAGGUUUUGUAUAUUGAAUGUUGAAAAUGUUAUAUCUUAUAUAGAAUGCAUAAUGUUAUAUCAAACCAACUUUUUCUAUACAAUCAAUAAAUCUGAUGGUAAAUGAGAUACA